AUGUGGGAUGUCGUCCACGUGAACGAGAAUUGGUUCAAUGUGGACAACGAUGGCCGCAAGGUGUACCUUGUCCGUAACGAGGUCGUGAAGAGACGUGCAUGCAAGUCAAAGCGUUUCAUACCCAAAGUCAUGUUCCUUGCCGAUGUUGAACGUCCGCGCGAUGACGUCGAUUUUGAUGGCAAGAUAGGCAUGUGGCCGUAUGUCUCCCAAGUCACAGCAUCCCGUACUUCACGCAAUCGACCUGCAGGCACGAUGGUCACGACCUCAUCAAGGUUCACGCUGCUACGUACCGCGACUUCGGUGACGUGCGAUGAAGACGUCACCGUUACGUGGUUCUUAAAAGUUGGCCUGCUCAAGGACGUGAUGCUCUGCCCAAAGUGCGACGGCGCCAUGACCAUGUCCGUCCCAACGAAGAGUUGGCGCUGCCGCAGGUCUUCUUGCGGCGAUGUCCAGCGAAGCAUCAAGGCGGACUCAUUAUUUGCCAAGUCAAAGUUGCCAACGACGAACGCGGCAUGCCUGAUGUUUGACUGGGCAUCUCGCAAAUGUUUGACUGGGCAUCUCGCAAGUCAGUGUCUGUGGUGA